AUUAAGCAUAAAUCUUGAAAGAGAAGGGAAAUCAAAGAAAACACGUAGACAUGAAGGUGGUUGCAUUAAUGAUAGUAUUGUUAUCUAUACAAUUUAUGCCUUCAUUUACACAAGAAGGUCCAACUCCAAGCCCCGAAGUUUUACCUCCAGCCCCUACACCAUUAGGGCUAGGGGGCUGCUGGGAUAGCAUCUCAAAUUGCUGGAUUGAUCAUAUCAACAACAGCCAGUCGUUGCCUCAAUACGAUCCAUUGAGCGCGUCGUUUAACGAGACAGAUUACGCAUGCUGCUCUCUCAUCCAAGAAACAGCAAGCACUGAGAAACCAUGCUUUUGUAGCAUCAGCUCAUAUCUUAACCAAAGUCCCGCUGUGUCUACCAAUUUUGUCCAGAUUUUAACUACAUGCGGCAUUGCCACCUCAAUUCCUGCACUUGACGACUUUUGCCUUGGGUCAUCAGAAAGCCCGACUGCUUUGAGUCCGAAUGGAAAUACAGCGGAAACUGGUGCUUCUAACAAGAUUGAAAUGGUUGGACCACUUUCUGGCCUACUUGUUCUCUUGACUUGUGUCCUAUUUUAGAAGAUGAGACGGAUCUACAUGUAUUUUGGUCUUUUGCAUUAUAAGAUACUAUCAAUUUUGUAUUUAAUUUCUUUUGGAAAGUUCUUUUGGAUUUUCUAAUUAGUGUAUCAUUUGAUAUGUUAAUUUUGAGACUUAUUCAACAA